UAAUGGAAAAAAUCAAGAUAAAAAAAAUCAUUGGAAUUGCUAUUACAGUUCAUAUUGUUCUCUAUGUGGGUUUAAAGAUUUUGAAGAAACAGAGAGAUGAAAAAAUUACAAGUAACUGAAUAGGUAUUCAUGUUAACAUUAAAAAGUUUGUCAAAUGUCACAUUUUAAAGGAAGAAAAAUUAAUGAGCCAAGUUUACAUAUAGAAAAUGUUUAUGGUUCUUCACUUACUGCAUUAAGUGAUGCUUGGGCAUCAGUUGCUGAAGCAAAAAAGGAGCUAAAAAAUGUAGAUUCUCGUAUACGACAGUCAACAGUUCAUCCAUUGACUUGGCAUCCUUACAAAAAUGUUAAUGAUUCUAAUGCUGAAAAAACUUAUCAUAAAGAAAAUAUUCCACCUGUGAGUUAUCCAAAGCCAGCUUGUGUUGAAUCAUAUGGCUCUGAUCUGUUGGAAAGUUCUGCCUACACUACUUGUAGUAGACAUCCAAGCAUAGAGCACCAGAAAACCAGCAAUCUACAUAAUGAUCUCGAAGAAAAUAAUGAAAAAUUCAGUGUUUCAUUGACUGGAAAAUCUUUGUUAACAAAACAAUCUAAAAGCGUUGCAUUGAGUCGUUUAAAGGAAAAAAUCAAUCUUCAAAAACAACAACUUUCAUCCUUUGAUGACAGUAGUGAAAAGUAUUUUCCUAAUAAACUAUAUCACAAUGAAGGUGAAGCUGUGAAACGGUCAGAAGAACCAGAGACCCUGAAGAUUAUUACUCGUAAAGUUGGACAGGCUCCAUCUGCCCCUGUAUAUCCAGGAUUUAAUGAACCUUCAAGUAUUAAUGUUAUAGAUGAAAUAAAAAAAAGUUCUGUUAGUGGGAAUGAAGCCAGAAAAAAGACUCAAAAAGAAAUUGUUAAAAAACUCUCCCCAAAAAAUCAAGUCAAAGCAAAAUGCAAAGGAAAGCCACAUCGAAUAAUUGCUCCUAAAAAGUCUACUAAUACAAUUACUACAAUGUCAUGGAGAUUGGGUCAAGAAAUUCAGCGUAAAAUUUGUCAGGAGUUUCAUUCAGUUAAAGAUAGUCAAACUAAUUGUGAACUAACCAAUACUAUGAAAUCUGCAUCAAUAACUCACAAUGCUGCAAAAUCUGAUUCUGCAACUAAUAAUACCUUAAAGUCUGAUUCUAGAACUAAUAAUACUGCAAAAUCUAAUUCUAUAACUAACAGUACUUCGAAAUCUGAUUCUAAUAAUACUGCAAAAUCUAAUUCUAUAACUAACAGUACUUCGAAAUCUGAUACUGUAACUCACAACGAAUCACCAAAGAGUCACGAAGAUCAUGAUAGUUCUGCUAUUUCAAAUGAAAUAAUAACUGAUCAAAAUAAUGAAAAAGGAGAUAAGGAAGAAAAUGUUAUUAGUAAUAAUGAUGGAGAUAUUACAUUAAAAGAACAAUCUAUAGACAGUGAUGUGGAAGGUGGUGAAUUAGAAAAAGACAUAAAUCAUUUACUUGAAAGCAAGUUGUUAACAAAAAAUGCAAAAGAAAUUUUACAGAAUGUUAACCCUUUUGAAAAAGAUGUGAGCAUACCAUUUAAAAAGAAACAGAUUACUGCUACUAUAGAUACUGGAUUAAAAAAAAGGCUACUUGCUAAAUCCCCACCAGUUAAAAGGAAGCUAGAAGACGAAAAUUACCCUAAAACAAAAGUAAGACAUUACGACCAAGAAGAAGUUAAGAGAUACAUGCUAAUGCAACAAAAUCAAAGAAAAAAGCAAUUGCAAGAAGAAAAGCGCAAAGAAAAAGAGAAGAAAGCACUCCAAGACAAAAUGUUACAGGAAUUAUAUGCAAAACAAAAAGCUGCUGUGAGAGUUGAAUCAAAGCAUCCAAUUAGUGAAACAUUUAUAAAGAGUAAACAAAGAAAACUUGAAUCAAUGCUUCAAAACGAACAAGAGAAAUAUAAGUCAAGUAUCCAUUGCGAACAAGAAAAAUAUAAGUCAAAUACUCAUAAUGAUCAAGAGAAAUUUAUGUCAGGUAUUCAAAAUGAACAAGAGAAAUUUAUGUCAGGUAUUCAAAAUGAACAAGAAAAAUACAAGUCAAGUAUGCAAGCACAAUCGAGCAGUUCAGCAGAUGUUUCAUUGUUUACAGUUCCAAAGCAAACUAGUAGUCCAUGCGGCAAGAGUUCUCUUGAUACAAAUUCUAGUAGAAGUUUAGUCAAUGAAGCUAAAGAUUCAAUGUCGGUUUAUGAAUCAUCUAUAAAUCUUGUCUACACAAAAUCAGGUCUUGAGAAAUCAAAAGUAGACCGCAUAAAUGCAAUAAGAACUACUGCUGCUGCCUUACGUCAAAGAUUAGAUGAAGAAGCCAUGAGACUAACAUCUUUAGUGCAGAAAAAACAAACAAUCGAAAGCACUUCAAUAAAAUCAGUUCAUUAUGACAUUACAGAAAAUGAAAUUCCAGGUGUUCAGAAUUUAGAAGAAAAAUCUAGGCUUGUUAAAAAAAAGAAUGAAAUGGAGGAUGCUGCAAAAUUAAUACAAGCUGCAUAUAGGGGUCACUGUGUUCGGCAAAGUUUAUCUUGGCAACUUCCAUCAGGGCGUACAUUAUAUCAGUCUUUGGAAGAAGCAAAAAGACAAGCAUUUCUUAAUGAUAUUCAAAGCAAUCCUGUUGAGUUAACCAGCAGUAACUUCCGACCUGUUGUUCUACCUAAUAAAUAUGAAUACUCCAACUCCUUUCGAACAGAAGAUUCUUCUUCUUUAGCAAAGGAUGCUUUACAAAGUUUAUCGCUUCCUAAUGACAAAAGUUUGCAAGAAACAAUUCCAAGUGAUAGCUUAAACUCUGUAAUUAAAGAAAGUUAUUCUGAAAAACAACCUGUAAAGGAUUCUUAUGAGAGGUACACUGCAGCAAGUAAUAGUGAACAAAGUACAGAUAUGGAAUCAAAUAACAUUCAUUCUGACGAACAAAUUAAAAGGUUGAGGAAUAUUCUAGAAAAACACAAAGACACUUAUCGCGAUAAAUAUUCCAUCAUUAAUAUUUUUACCCGCAACUAUGCAGGAUUUAAAAGUUUAAAAAGUGCAGGAGAAGCACAACAGGUUGACUACACACCUUUGAAUACUGAAUCUGAUUCUUCUACUCUAUCAAAGCAUUCAAAACAUGUUAGUACUGUUCAAAGCUCUACUGAUAGUGAAGCAGGCAUCUCUACGGAUCAAAAAAAUAUACUCUCUUCGAAGAAGGGAGAAGAAUCAAAGUUGCCAUCAUAUUUGGAAUCAAAUCGCGAAAAACCUCAAGAAAAACUCGAAAUAUGUGAUUUAUCAGACCAUUCUGAAAAGCUUUUUUCACCAUUAUCUCGAUCUUCUGAGCCAAAUCUAAUGCCAAAAACUAUUCCGGAUGAGGCAAGUGACUAUUCAAGUGAUACUUCCAAUUCAAUUGUUGAUGAAUUGUUUUCUGAUGAAAUUAACCCUAUACUAACUUCAACACGUAGAUUUCCAAAUAAAAAAUUAGAUAAUACGCAUGAAAUUUUUUUGAAACAGAACAUCAACCAAUUUAGAGGAAGAAUGUCUCCAAAUACACUUGAAAGGCGUCUAAGAGCGGAGAUCAACCUUUUUGAUAAUGUAGGAGAUACUAUGCAACAAGUUGAUGAGAUGGAAAAGGUCCAGAAUAUAAUCAAUGCUCAGCAGCAAUCAGUUGCUCUUGCACAAGUGUUAAAAUCAAGACAGUUGACAUACAAGCAUGAUCUUGAAAAGUUGUCCAUGGAAGCCAAAGAAAAAGCUAUGAUAUCUGCUAAAGAUAUUGAGUCUGCAAGGCUAGCUACUGCUGAAGCAUCAAUGAAGGCUCUGCAAAUGAUGGCUGAUAUAAAACUUAAAGCAGCAGAUGAGGCAACUGAAAAUGCCAAAAAAAUAGUACAAGUACAUGAGAAUACAACAGCAAUUGUUUUGGAUGCAGCAAAUAAAGUAGAUAAAUCAAGGAAUGACAUUUCAGAAGCUUAUAGAAUUUCUGUUGAGCGUCAGUUACAUGAUGUUGAAAAAGUUGCUGUUGCUGCAGCUUCAGCAGCUUCAGUUGCUGCAGUCAAUGCAGCCUUGGAGCAUCAUAAACAACAACUUGAGCGGUUGAGGAUGCAAUCACUAGCGAAAAUCUCCAAGUUAUAUUCUCCUCCAGACUCAGCUUCAUCAAUUGUUUCAAAUAAAAUGAAACCCACUGAUGCAACAGUGAUUGAUUCUGUUUCACAAACAAAGAACUCUCAUGAGAAUAGAACAACAUCAGCUUCACGCUCACAAAUGAACAGUUAUGAUACAAGCAAAAUGUUAGAAGGGUCACUUUCGCAAACAAAGACACUCACCAAAGAAAACAGUAGAACAUCUUCAAAAUUUAGUAAUAGGUUAAAAGAUUCCAUUAGUUUUGUUGACAGUGUGGCAGCUAAUUCUAUUUAUUCAAAUGCUGUAUUAAAUAAGAUAGACAAUGUGACCUCUAAAAUAUAUGAUGACAGUUUUAAUAUAGACAAUGUGACCAAUGAUGACAGUUUUAUUUCUAGUAAACUAAUUGUUGAUGAAGAGGUUGAUGAAAAGUCAGAAAAAAGUAUUGCUGAGGAACUUUUUUUAAAUGAGCUUGUUUCUCAGGCUUCAUCCUUAGAAUCACACGGUUCGUCUGUAAAAUCGCAGGCUUCGUCUGUAAAAUCGCAGGCUUCGUCUGUAAAAUCGCAGACUUCAUCUGUAAAAUUGCAGGCUUCGUCUGGAAUAUCACAGGCUUCGUCUGUUAAAUUUAAGAAAAUGAUCAGUAGCAGUGCUAACAUUAACGAGGAGAGAGAUAAAAUGAUUAGUAUUGACACUAAUGAUAAUGAAGAUAAAUCUUUCUCCAAUAUUUCUUUUAGUAGUCACAUUGCAGAAGAAUUUCAAAACGAAAACGAAAGCAUUCGACUAGGCGAGCAUUUUAAUUCUUCAUUAACAGAAAACGAAUUAAAAAAUGAUUUCCGUAUGGUUUUACCAUCUGAAAAUCACAGAAGGAAAAGUUUAGACUCCAAUAAUAUUAUUUCUACUAAUGAGCAGUCGUCUUCUGAUGACAUCAAAACACCCAAAAAUAACAAGCGUCCUCGCAGACAUUCAAAGAGUCCAUUUGCAGAAGAAGAUACUUUUUCUAGAUUCACAGUAGAUAUGGUUUGCCAAUACAUUCAAGAAGAAGAAAUGCGAGCAAAACAUCAGAAGGCAUUGUUAGCUCUUCGCGAGAAAGCUAUUAUUGAAAAAACAAAGGCAGAAAUGGCAUUCUUAGAAAUGAAAAAAAAAAGCUUCAAAAAGAAAGGAAGUGAUGAUAUGAUGCCACCAAUUACAAAAAAACAAAGAGCACUACUUAUGAAACUACAAGCUGAACAGGCAGAAAUUCGUCGUCAAAAGGAAACAUUAAAAGUAGCAAAGCAUGAACGUAAAUCUAUGUUGAAUCAGCAAAGAGAAAUCCAGCGAAUACGUUCAUCUACACAAAUUAUAUGGAAUAAGUUAGGAGGGCUUGACAAAAACAACUUAUCUUUAAAGGAAGAUGUUUGUGAAUCUGAAAAUUAUAAAACUAUUGAUAGUUCUGUUUCGUCAAGUUCAAGGCCAAUUGUAAAAGAAUCUGAUUUAACAAAUGCUUUAUCAGAUGAAAAUAAUAAAUUGUCUAGUUGCUUAACUACUGUAGGAGUUGAGGUAAAUAAAGAUCACAUGAGUAAUCAUGAAACUUCAGGUGAAGACAAAUCAAGCUUUUCUCAAGAUUUGAAAAAAUUGCGGAAUAUAACAAGUGAAAGGUAUUUGACAGAGCGUGAGAAGAAGUUACAGUUAAGAAAAGAUCAGUUUAGUAAGAUUUUAGAACGUGAAAAUAAGCUUAAAAGUUGGCGGGAAAAGAUAAUUGAAGAAGAACAAAAAUUAAAAGCAGAAAUUAAACGUGUGCUUUAUACCGAUGAAAGGAACAAUUUUGACAAAAAUGUAAGCGUAACUGCUUCACAACUAUUGUCUACUCAAACAAACAGUAAAUCUUCAUAUAAAACUUCAUCACCUAAUAAACAAGUUGAUGUUGCGUCAAGUAUAGCUUCUUUAGUUCUGGAACACCAUACUUCUGCAGACAGUGUUUCACCUAUAUCAGAAAGUCUUUCAUUGGAAAAAAGAUCCCAACAAACAAGCUCAGGUGAUGCAUCUUCACAAGUUGUAGUUAAAUCAAUAUCACAGGAAUCAAAAAGUUUAAUUAUUUCUAAUAAGUCACCUUAUUAUGAUGAUGGAUCAUUUAAAGAAAACCUUUUAACAGAAACAUUAAAAGCACAUUUAAUUACAUCUGAUAUAAAAACAGAAGAAAUUUUAUCGCACUGUAAUGUAAGUAUUGAAAAAAAAUCUAAAAAGGUUACAAAAAGCUCAAUGAGCUCCAAAGUUCUACAUCAAGAUCAUUCAGAUUGUUAUUCUAAUGAAAUUUUUGAAGAUACUUCUGCACAAACUAGUCCAAUUUUUAACAAAAAAACUGACCAAGCAAUAAGUGUAAACAGAAGAAUUGAUGAGGAGUCAACAACAGAAGGUACGUCAGAUGUCAGUGACAUAGAGCAACGUUUAAGAGGACUUGAAAAUGAGUUGCAAAAAAGACGAGAUCAGCUUAAUCAUUUGCGCAGAAAGAAAGAAAAGGAAAUGCUUAAAAAAAAGGAAAUUGAAAUGAAGAAAGAGCUGCAGUUACUUGAACAACAGAUUCGACAAGAAAAGAAAACUGAAACAAGUGUUUGUCCUGCAAGGACUCAAUCUCCUCGCAUACUUUCUCCUAGAAGCAGUUUGGAAGCUCCAGAAAAGAAUUUUUCUGACAAAGAUUCUCGUAGAAGUCUAAACUUUGACCAAGAUAUUAACAAUGGUAAUAAAAUUGAUCAACGGGAAUCAUUUUCAAAAAAUCUUCACAGCAACUCAGUCCAUAAUGAUUCUACAAAAAUGAGUUCCAAAUUGACUGAUAGCAUUUUGUCUAAUCAAUCGAUAAAUGAAAUGGUUUGGGAUGUUGAAACACGCGAGUUUGAUUCAAGCGCAAUAGAGAAAAGUGAAAAUUCAGAAAAUACCAACAAAAGCAUAGUGAAAAGCCUUUCUGAAAAUACAAGCAGAAGCGUAGAGAAAAGUAUUUCUGAAAAUACAAACAGAAGCGUAGAGAAAGGCGUUUCUAAAAUUAUCAACAAAGGCGUAGAGAAAAGCAUUUCUGAAAAUACUAACAAAAGCAUAGAGAAAAGUAUUUCUGAAAGUACCAACAAAAGCGUAGAGAAAAGUAUUUCUGAAAGUACAAAUAAAACCAUAGAGAAAAGUAUUUCUGAUAAUACCAACAAAAUUAUUGAAAAAAGUAUUUCUGAAAAUACCAACAAAAGCGUAGAGAAAAGUAUUUCUGAAAAUACAAAUAAAAGCAUAGAGAAAAGUAUUUCUGAAAAUACUAACAAAAGCGUAAAGAAAAGCAUUUCUGAAAUUAGCAACAAAAGUAUAGAAAAAAGUAUUUCUGAAAAUAUCAGCAAUACAAUAGAGAAAAGCAUUUCUGAAAAUACCAACAAAACCAUAGAGAAAAGUCUGGAUGGAUAUUCCGCCAGACCCAUUCCAACAGGUGCUAAAGAAAACGAGUAUUACGAUGAUAUUUUUGAGCUUUCGCUCAAGAGCUCUAAUGGAAAUUCUUAUGAGCACUUAUCCAGCAUUUCGAAGAAACUUAACGAUAGUCUAGGGGUCAAACCAUUGGAAACAACCAACUUAAUAAAUAAUAAACAUGAUCACUCGGUAAUGUCUGAUAAAAGCAAAAGCAGUCGUUCGGAUUUUUAUCAGAAAAGUGAAAAAGAAAACUUUAAUGUUUCAAAUGCGUCUGAAAAAAAAGGAGAAACUACUGUUUCGUCUUAUGUUUUCAAUUUAAACGAUCGAGUCAUAGUUGAAGGUAGAUUAAAAGGAACAGUUAUGUAUAUUGGUAAAAUAUCAAAUUCAGAUCUUACCGUGGCAGGAGUUAUGCUUGACGAACCCAAUGGUACAAGUAACGGUACAUUUAAUGGACAUAAAUACUUUGAUUGUCGUCAAAACUACGGAUUGUUUAUAAAAGUUGAAAACCUUGAAAAAAUCUCUGAUUUAGUUUCAAAAACGAUUGUUGAAAAAGAUAUUAUUGAAAACAUAGAUAAUUUUCAUAAUAGUGAUACGCAUUUGCCUAGUUCUAUUCCUAAAUCAUUUAUUGAAGAAGACACAACAGAAAAGUUGAGUGAUAUUACUGACUUUAAAAGUAGUGAAACUCAUUCUCGAACAAAUACACCAGAUGUUGAAAGUGCUGACGAACUAUCUGAACAUAAAAAUCAUAUAUCUGAAACAUCAUUUAAAUUGCUUCAAAAAUCUAGCGAAAUAAUAAAAUUUGACUAUAUAUCUUCUGGUCAUCUAUCUCAAAAGGAUGAUAUGUCGGUCGAAUCAUGCUCUUCAAAAUCUGUUCAUAAAUCAGAUGUUAAUCGAUCAAAUGAGUCAAAUAGGUCUUUAAAUAUAAGUGAAUCAACCAGUGUUAAAUCACAAAUAAUAAACAAAUUAAAUGAAGUAGAUAACUCUUUAUCCAUAAACGGUUUUACCAGUGUUAAGUAUCUAUUUAACGAAUCUGAUCUUACUAAUUGCGUAAAAACAGUUGAUAAACAAUCAUAUAAUCAGUCAAUAAAUAUAUCUCAUAAACCUGAAAUACAUUCUGAUACCGUUGAUCAUAUAGUAAAUAGCUUGUUAAAAUCGCUUUUAACUGAAACAGUUAAUAUAUCUAAAGGUAGAGCUAUGCGCGUCAAUAAAUCAGAGUCCAUCGAAACAAGAGCCAUGCAUGACAAAUCAGAGUCAAUCAAAACAAAUAUUAUCACUGAAUUGGCAAUGAAAACUUUAUUAAAUGAUGCUAUAUCGCAUAUGAUAAAUGUUAAAAAAUGUAAAAGCUAUUCCUUGAAAACAAUCCCUGAUGAUUUUGUUUCACUACGCGUACAAGAUCCAGCAAAUACAACGAUACAAUAUCCGACGAUACAAGAUCCGACAAAGCAUAUUUCUUUAACUCAAAACCAUCCUGAUGUUACAGAAAAAAUUAAAAAUUUAAAAACUGUACACGAUGAAUUAGAUGCGUUGUUAAAAGACUCUGAUUCUGCAGGAGACUCUGAUACUGAUUCGGAAGAAGAAAUUCGAUCCUCUAACAUCAUACUUCCUCCUCGUGGAUUUGAUUCAGAAGAGCCAGUGAUGAGUAUCCCGUAUACAGAAAUAGAAACUAAAGAUUUAGUAUUAGCUGCUUUAAAGGAAAUUGAAAAUCUUUCUUUAGACGAAAUGAUGGUAACUCAACCUUCAAACAAUUUUUUUACUAAAAUAAAAGAUAAUCAUGAUAGGAAUUCCAUUUUAUAUUGUCAGCUUGUUUUUGACGUUUCCAAAUCGCUUUACCAUGACAUUAUACUUUUUCGGCAAGAUCACAGACAAAAUCAUCCACUUUUGUUUCAAAUACGUCGGAAAAACUAUUCAAAAUUUACUAGGACAACUAAUCAACUUGUUGAUGAAAAUGAAAUACGUUCUGCUGUAUGCGCCCAUGUGUGUACUAUAUUAGGUCUAAAACCAGGUAGACCGUCAUUAGAAAAACUUAAACAUAAACUUCCAUUAAAUCUUGCCAAAAAAGACUACGUCGAUGCAAUACUUGUGGAAGAAUUACGUGAAGAAGAGAUACAAUGGGUAAACUAUGAUGAAGACGAGUUGCGAGUAAAGUUUCAACUCGCUGAUGCAAUACUAGAAAAUCUUCUGUAUGAGAUUACAAUUAUUCUUUCUUCUGUGUAAAUAGCUUUGAUUUGCAAAGAAAUGCCAAAUAUAUAUGUAUACACACACAUA